AUGAGCCAGUUGAAGCUCACUGGCGAGAAGGUCUGCAACAGUGAUCCCAAGCAUCCCGAGGUGCCCUUGCACGACUUGGGGUGCAAGGUAUGCAUCUGCGGUGGAGGUGGUUUCAUCGGCUCGUGGCUCGGGAAGGCCUUGAAGGACCUCGGAUACCAUGUGAUCGUGGCCGAUUGGAAGCAUAACGAGUAUUUCAAACAGGAAGAGUACUGCCACGAGUUCAGAUUGCUGGAUUUGCGGAAGUUGGAGAACUGCAUUGAGGCCACUAAAGGUUGCACUCACGUUUAUGCGCUUGCCGCGGACAUGGGCGGCAUGGGUUUCAUCGAGUCCAAUCAGUCUGUGCAUGGUGGCGGAUAUAAUAACACCAUGGUGAGUUUCAAUUGCCUGGAGUCGGCCCGCGUCAAUGGAGCAAAACGCUUCUUCUACUCAUCCACCGCUUGCGUGUACAACGAGGACAGGCAGCUUGACGUGACUGAUCCGAAGCUCAAGGAGGAGUACGCGUGGCCUGCCAAGCCUCAGGACUCAUACGGGCUCGAGAAGCUGUACGCUGAGGAGAUGGCCCUGACGUACGGCAAGGACUUCGGCAUCGCAGCGCGCAUCGCGAGGUUCCACAACAUCUACGGCCCGAACGGCACCUGGCAGGGCGGCCGAGAGAAGGCGCCGGCCGCCUUCUGCCGGAAGGCGAUCACGAGCACCGUCGAGUUCGAGAUGUGGGGUGACGGCAUCCAGACGAGGAGUUUUGUUUUCGUCGAGGACUGCGUGGAGGGCGUGAUCCGGAUCAUGAUGUCCGACUGCGACGUUCCUCUGAACCUCGGAACGGAGGAGAUGAUCAGCAUGAACGACUUCGCGAAGCUCGUCAUGUCCUACGAGAGCAAGGAUCUGCCCAUCAAGCACAUCCCUGGGCCGCAGGGCGUCCGCGGCAGGAACUCGGACAACACGCUGAUCAGGGAGAAGAUCGGCUGGGAGGCGUCGACUCCCCUCGCGGUGGGCAUCAAGACAACAUACUUCUGGAUCAAGGAGCAGGUGGAGAAGAUGAAGGCCUCUGGAAAAGACAUCGGUUCCCUCAGCCAGUCCAAGAUUGUGGUGCAGGACACCGCCGUGCUCGACGGCGUGCUGGAGAAGGGUUUCGUCCGGGCCGCCGAUGGCACCGAGAAGACCACGCUGGACGCCUCCGUCUGUUGCAACAACUCGAAGAUCGAGAGGUGCUUUGCGACCUGGGGCCGGCAGGCGGAGGACGUCGUCGAGGCCGUCGUUGAUGCAGUCGAUGACGUCAGGGACGCAGUUGUCGAUGCCAUGGGGCUGAGUGAAAAGUUCGUAGAGGUGUCAGACAACACUCUGGACGACAUAGCGCCCAAGGCUGGGGACCUGGUGAUCGAGGAGGCGUCCAACUUCAUCCCUUUCUUCCAGACGCUCGACGCCGCCGUGCCGCGGGACCUCGACAGUGCAGCGAAGGAGGCGUGCACCGAUACGAUCCUGAGCUUCCGAGGCAAGAUCCACGACUUCUGCCAGGAUGUCGUCGAGCAUCUCAAGGAAGGUGCCGACAUGGUCGGUGCGGCUCUGAAAUGCCUCUACAAAGUCGCCAGUUGGAUACUCCGAGCUUGCAAGGAGGGUGUGGAUGCAGCAGUGGACAUACUGAAGAGAGUCAUCCCUGACUGUUGCGAGGCAGCCUGCCUGUCGUUCACCGGCCUCGCUGCGAGGCUCGGGCUCUGGAUUUCGACGGUCUCCAACAUGAUAGUGGACAUGGUCGAGGACUUUCUGAAAGCAGCGAUGCGUGACGUCGGCGUGCCCGAGUGGAUUUGCCAUCACGUAGACUUCAAUGGCAACUCCAGCGCGGAGGAUGCACUCGACGAGGACGAGCCGUUGAACCGCCGUCGUGCGCCGAUGGGGGAGGACGCACCCGUGCAGCAUGCCAUGGAGACCAGAGGCAGCGGCGCCAAGGAGUACAGCACGGGCUCGUUCGUCGUGUGGGACGGGGAGUACAUCGGUGGCCCCGCCCGACCCGCAGGCGGCUACCCCGAGUUCUCUCGCAUCCUCACGCGGGUGCGGCAGGCCGGCCCCCGCGCCGCGCGCGGCGGCCUGGCCAUGGCGGCGGCCGCCGCUGGCGCCGCGAGCGGCGGCCAGUGCGCAGCCCCGGGGACCGGCGCGCGCGAGGGCGGCGGGGCAGCGCCGGCGCACUGGCGCCGCACGGCCGAGCGGCACGAGGCGGAGCGGUGGAAGCGCGACUCGCGCGAGGUGCUGCCCGGCCCCGCGGACGUGGUUAUCGACCUCAGCUUCGGCGACAUCAUGGGGCCCGGAAGCCUGCGCUCGCUGGCGCUGCAGGUGUGCCUGUGCUACGCCGCGUCGCUGCGGCGGCUGGAGGGCGAGGUCGAGCCGCGGCCGCUGCGGCUGGCGCUGGCGGGUUGCACCCCAGAGAUGCUGCAGGUGCUACAGCGCAUGCAGGACUUUCCCACCUGGCCUGUACCGCUGCUGCCAGACGUCGCCGAGGCACCGCCGGGGGCGCUGCGCGAGAGGCUGGUGGUGCUCUCGCCGGACGCGGAGGAGCCUCUCGGCAGGCUGCAGGAGGACGCGACCUACGGGGCUCCGCGGACCUCAUCGGCGGCAUCGUCGACGUCGGCCGCGUGCGCCGGGUGUCGCUGGCGCGCGCGGGCGGCCUGGGCGCGGAGGCGCGGCGGCUGCCGCUGCAGGAGUGCGCCGCCGCCCUGGGCGCCCUGCCCUCCUGCGAGAUCCUGA